CAUGUCCCCGCAGUGCCUGUAGUGGUGCUGUGUGGAGUCUGCUGUGGAUCCAACUAAAAUCCCCAGCAGUCUUCCUACUGCUUAUAAUUUGCUCUGGAUAGCCUAUAAUCAAAUGUAUCCAUAUUUUUAGAUAUGCGGAGCCUGAUGAAGAUUGCUAUUAUCAUCUAAUCUCCGAUAUCGAUGCACAUAUAGCCUAGCUGAUCGUAAUAGACACUUCGGCCGUCUGUGUGGAGCGAAUACCGUGCUCAGCCCAUAUCAAUUCAAGCUCAUGUUGUCAAGGACAAGAGUCACGUGAUGUAUGAAGGCAAACACAUACACUUCUCCGAGGUUGACAAUAAGCCGCUGUGUUCAUACAGCCCAAAGCUCUGCAAGCAGCGCAGACUCAAUGGUUAUGCCUUCUGUAUUCGUCAUGUUUUAGAGGAUAAAACUGCACCCUUUAAGCAAUGUGAAUAUGUGGCAAAGUACAACAGUCAAAGAUGUACAAAUCCCAUCCCCAAGUCAGAGGACCGCAGAUACUGUAACAGCCACCUACAGGUCCUGGGUUUUAUUCCGAAGAAGGAACGCAAAAAGAAUGACACAUUGGAGGAGAUGCGUUCUAGGGCUCAUUUGGAGUCAGUGGCUCUUAACAUAACUGUACCUUCUUUAGCUUUAAAAGCUCCCAAUGGCCUAGAUGAACUUCCACCAUCUCCGCCCUGUACCCGUAUAUUAGCCCUUCCUGAUGGGGAAUUACUGGACCCUUUUGCCUUUUAUGAAGACGACACAGAUGGGGAGGAGAUAAGUACUCAUCGGAAAGACAGUGCCAUCAAAAAGAAACUACAAAAUAAACUAGUGCUCAACCAGAAACUCUGCCAUGACACAGACAUCUUCCAGACACCGCCUGAGCACUUUACUCCAUCCCCUGUCCCCCGCGUUCACCCCUCUUCACCCCUCAGCACUCACCUCUCUCGGCACCAGUCAGGUCUUCAGCCAGUCCAGCACUCCAGUGUGACUUCCUUCAGCUUUCCAGGGCAGCAGCAGCAGCAGCAGCCGCAGCAGGGGUUAAUAUGCAAUCCACCUCCACCUCAGACAGUCAACUUUCUGCCUCCAGGGAUGCCCACAAGUGCAGCACCCAGUCCUGUUCAAGCUUCAUCACUUAGAAAAAUGCCUUUCACCUCAACAAACUUGCCUGUUACCUGCAAAGAGAGCAGUAGUAACUGUCAGCGGCACGUGGUAGUCAUGCACCCUGCUGCCUUCUCACCUUCUGCCACCUGCUUGGCCAGGCUGCAAAAUCUUGUACAACUCUGUGCUAAAAGACACCAUGAAUAUGGAGACCUCUUUCCUCAUUUAGGACUGGACUGGUCUGAGGAUAGUGAUGAUGAUUAUGAACAUAAUGAAGAUGAUGCAGAAGAGAGACUGCAUCCUCUCCACAGCUCAUGGGGACCAUUAAACAGAGUGGAGGAUGAGAGUGGACUGCCUCGACGAUCACGGCUACUAAGGCUUUGCUCAUACCUUCAGGAGAAAUACAAGCACAUGUGCAGGCAGGAAAGGGCCAGUAUCCGGCAAAAAAGAUAUCGUUAUGCCUUUCGCAAAGCCCUGCUCCAUGCUGCCAGUAAGAACCCUGAUUGUGCUGGGCAGCUAAUCCGGGAGCUGCAUGGUGUUUCAGAAAACUCUUUAAGUGUGGCUCAAGGAAAGCAGCAGAAUACAAACGCAGGAAUCUGCACUGGCAGCACAAAGGGUCAGGCCUGCACCAACAAAGCUCUGCCUUUUACCCGACACUGUUUUCAGCACAUUCUGUUGAAUCGUUCCCAGCAACUUUUUUCUAGUUGUACAGCCAAAUUUGCAGAUGGUCAGCAGUGCUCCAUUCCUGUGUUUGAUAUCACUCAUCAGACACCUCUCUGUGAAGAACAUGCCAAAAAAAUGGAUAAUUUUUUGCGUGGAGAUGGACACAGAAGAGUGCAACACCAGCAACAGCGCAAGCCACGUAAAAAGACAAAGCCACCAGCUCUUACCAAAAAACACAAAAAGAAGAGGAGGAGAGUGCCCCAAAGGCCUCAGAAACCCAUCCCACCGGCUUUGCCACAGGGGAACCUAGGAAUGCCUUCAACAAGCUUAGCAAUGCCGUCACAGGCUUGUAUCAGGAGCCCCUCGACACCAGAGCUGAGUGCAGAUGAACUUCCUGAUGACAUCACAAAUGACAUGGCAGACAUUCCAAACGACCUUGAGCUGAACCAGGAAGAUUUUUCUGACGUUUUACCCAGACUCCCCGAUGACCUGCAGGACUUCGACUUAUUUGAAGGUAAAAAUGGAGAAUUAUUGCCCACUACAGAGGAGGCAGAAGAGCUGGUGCGAGCUCUGCAGGCAAUGGGAUCGUACCCAGAUUCUUUGGUGUGCCUGACCUCCAUUGCAGAUUUAACACCGUCUGAAGGAGUGGACCACAGAGCCAUGACUGUGUUUCCUGGGCCUGUGCAGACAGGGGGCAUGGGGGACCUGCUCAACAGCCGCAUUCAAACAGAAAACUUCACCAGCCUUGAACUUGCGGACAAUCUACUGCAGUCCACUGGAAGUCACUUUCCUCCCUCGCCUCCGUCAGAACCCUCAAACCAGCCUCCAACAUCAUGUUCAAACCUAACUCCUCCAACCCCUACUGCGACCCAGUCCUUAACAGAGCGGACGUUUACACAAACGCACACAUCCACUGUCCUGACAAAGUCAGACGCUCCCACGCCGUCUUCCCAGCGCAACCACUACAGCAGCGACCCUGUGCCCUCCCCGUACAGUGACCAUAUAUCUUCACCUCAUGCCCCCAGCUUCCCCACAGACACGCCUCUGCUCCUGGAGGUCCCUCUGAGCAGUGCACCAGGGGCCCCUCGCUCUUCAUGGAACAAUAUUACACUCUCUCUCACUGAUCCUUCACAGUUUGGUAAUCUUAUUGGCUCUGACAGUCAUCUUAUAUCCACAUCUCUGUCCACUCCCCCAGCGACUACUCAUUCUGCCACACUGCAGCCGAUGGCAGCCCUUUCAGCAAUGCCUCAGACUGGUCUGACUGGUUUGGCCAACCCUCCAGCCCCCUCCUCUUCUCAUGACAGUUCUACCCAGCCCAAGCAGCAGCUCCCUCAGUUCAGUGCGGCCUUUGGCCAUCAGUUGGCCUCCCACAGUGGCAUCCCAAAAGAUGUGCAGCCUAGCCACAGCUCCACAGCGCCUCCUGCUGGGUUCUCAAUAGUGAGUGCCACCGCUGCUAGUGCCAACAGCACCACACCGCCAUUCACUCAAAGUAAAUGAUGCGGCCUGCAGCGGCUCUGAGAUUGCUGUGGACUCCAGUCACUGACAAUCCUCUUUGGCUUAAAUUUGACCAGCUUUUCUAUCUGCUGUGUGCAAUAUGUAAAUGGUGCACUAUUUGAUAAUGAAUUUGCACAACCUCAGAUUACCUUCAAUAAUUUCUGGUUUUCUUAGUGUACUUGACAGCCAUGCAAGAUUGCCGGUCACUGUGAGUCCACUUGUCUGAUGCCUUGUGGUUACCAGGGGUUACAGUCAAAAGACAUUCUGGUGAAAGCCUGCAGAUGGACCUUAGCAGAGAUUAUCUCAGAUUUCAAAAACUUAGAUGCCUCAAUCACUAGUUUUUUAUUUGCGUUUGCCAGGUAACUCCUGACUUUGAUUCAUCUAAAAUACACCCUGCCUUGCUCAGAUGGCCAUUACAUUUUUAUUUUUCUACCUAUGUAAGCUCAGCAUUUGUCACCCUGUUUAGAAUAGUAAAAGAACUGCUUUUGAUGUCAGUGACCAUUAUGUAUGAAGCUAUAGUUGUGAGUCAUGUUUUGUCAUGAUGUAGAAUCUUAUUGAGUCAUUUCACAGAUAUGAAUUUACCAAACUACUUUUAAACAGCUGUUUUUAUAUUGUGUAUACAGUGUAUGGACUCAUUUAAUGGUUUGCUCAGACGUCAUAUAUUCUGACCUCACCAUUGGUUGUGGAACCCUGAGUGGCCUAGUAGACACUUGAAGGUAAAUCAAGUUCAAAGCAAUAAACACAUUAUCAUGACUCACCAUGAAAAGUAUUUUCUUGGUCUCAUUACUUGUAGCUUCACUUGGUAAAUUUUUAUCAGGAAUAUAUUUUAGCUGUUUAACUGUUGUUUUUGACAACAGUUUCACUCAGAAGGAGACCAGCAAUCAGGUUAGCUCAUAUACUUAGUGAAUAAGGUUAAGCAGUGUCAGUGGUUUUAUGAUGGUGAUGGUGUAAACCAGGGGCUUUAAGUGUCUACUCCAAAGGUACUCUGGUCCACAUAGACCAUGGUCUUGCAUGUAGUAUUCAUAACAAAAGUGUGUAGAGUUACUUUGAUGGUGUCAUGGUUGGUGUCCCCGGUAAUGGCCUGAGUAAAUGCUUUUAAUUGACACGUUACUUUGAGAUUUUGCACUCAUUUGCUCAGUAGAUGAUCAUAAUGGUAAAAUUGUGCGGAGAAAUCAAAGUUACAAACACUUUUGAGAAAAAUAAUGCAAUCUUGGGAUGUCUGGUUAGAAUAAAUCAAUUUUCCCCUGUUAAUUACAGCAGCACAACCAUGUUUUGAUCAAUAUAUUACACAUCAACAUUGUAGACUAUUUGAUAUUUAGAGUAGAGAUCUAUCUUGGGGUUUGUGGGUGAUCAUUGAGUAGCAAUUGACAUAGUUCUUUGCAAUGUAUUCAGUGGAAGCUGUGUGUUGUAGAGUUCAGUCUCCAAGUUUUUAAUGGCUAUCAAAAGUGUAUUUUGUAUGUUUUUUGUCAGGGUUGGAGGGGUCAGUGUUUGGUGUCAUUUUCUGUCCUUUUAUUUUCUUAUAUUCCAGUGGAGAGGGAGACUUUUGAUAGCUAUUAAACUAGAGGAAGCAGUGUAAGAUUGCAUGGGGCAGGAACACUUUGUCAGUUUUGAUAUUUAAUUAUGGUCUCUGGUGGUAUAAAGCAUAGGGAAGUAUCCAUCGACAUUACUUGUCAGUGAGAAGAAUAGAUUUUUAUAUUGUGUUUUACGUUGAUUUGCACAAAACCGAAGGAUGCUAAAACGUGGCAUGUCUUUUUUGCCUUUUUUUUGCGGGAAGCUAGUUUAACUCUACAGCUGCUCUGAGCCUGCACCAGACCCCUCAUCCAGCUGUGAGAGGACCCCGUAUCUGCCCCCCCCCCAUUCCCCCUAGAGAGAGGGAGAGAGAGGUCACAUGAACAGUGCGACGAGCAGGCUUCAGUUCUUUCAGAAAACCUGUUGAAUUAAGGUAAACUGCUGUAUCCACAUAGCAUGAGAUUAGUUGUUGCACCCAUUUCACUCUGGAACACAGAACAAAUGUUACAGGGCUCGUAGGCACAUGUAACUGCUUGACUUCAGAGCUGGCUGACAAAUUCCUAUACUCAUUGAAUGUACUGUAUUACUGUUUUUAAAGAUAGGAUGAGCUAAUCUAGUCACCUUUUGUUAUUGGUCCUUGUUUUAAUUUGUCUAAGGUAUUUUUUGUAUACAAAGGUUUACAUUUUUAUGUAUAUUUUUCUUGUGUACAAAUUAUGUAAUAUGUGUAUAAACACUGUAUGUAAUUAUCUGUAUAUAGUGUGAGAAAUCUGAUCUUUUGUUUUUGGAUGUAUAAAUAAAACUUGCUGUGAGGUAUUUACUGAUAUAA